AUGGCGGGCAUUAUUGAAGCGUCAGUAGCACUCAGGAAGAGAAAGCAUCUAAAACGGGGUAUCCAGUUCACGGUUAUGGUGGUUGGACAGUCCGGGUCGGGUAGAUCGACGUUCAUCAACACGCUGUGUGGACAGGAGGUGGUGGAAACCUCUACAACGGUGCUGCUACCCGAAGACGACGCGGCACAGAUCGACGUGCAACUACGGGAGGAGACAGUGGAGCUGGAGGACGACGAGGGCGUCAAGAUCCAGUUGACAAUCAUCGACACGCCGGGGUUCGGGGACUCGUUGUACAACUCGCCAUCCUUUAACAUGAUCUCGGACUACAUAAGGCACCAGUACGACGAAAUCCUUCUGGAAGAGAGCCGCGUGCGGCGGAACCCGCGGUUCAAGGACGGGCGCGUGCACUGCUGUCUCUACCUCAUCAAUCCGACCGGGCACGGGCUCAAGGAGAUUGACGUGGAGUUCAUGAGGCAGCUCGGCCCGCUCGUGAACGUGAUUCCGGUGAUCAGCAAGUCGGAUUCGCUGACCCCGGACGAGCUGAAGCUCAACAAGAAGCUAAUAAUGGAGGACAUUGACUACUACAACCUUCCAAUCUAUAGUUUUCCGUUUGACCAGGACGUGGUGAGCGAUGAGGACUACGAGACGAACACGUACUUGCGCUCGCUUCUUCCAUUCUCGAUUAUUGGCUCCAACGAGACCUUCGAGGCUGCCGAUGGCCGCGUCAUACAUGGGCGGCGGUAUCCCUGGGGCACCGUGGACGUCGAGGACCCGGUGGUGUCGGACUUCUGUGUCCUGCGGAACGCGCUCUUGAUCUCACACCUGAAUGACUUGAAAGACUACACUCACGAGCUUCUCUACGAGCGCUACAGAACAGAAGCGUUGUCGGGUGAUGUGCUGACAGCCAGCAGCGUCCCAUCUAAGACGGUGAUUAACGGCUCAACAGAGUACGCCGGCUCGCCCGUGCCACCCGCUACGGCCUCGGACUCCGUGCAUGUGAGCGGCCACGAGGCGGAGUCGCGCAACAGCACGAAGCAGUCUUCCAACCAGGAUACGUACCUGGCGCGGGAGGAGCAGCUCAGACUGGAGGAGCAGAGAUUGAAAGUGUUCGAGGAGCGCGUCCAGCAAGAACUGUUGUCGAAGAGGCAAGAGCUAUUGCGCAGAGAGCAAGAGUUGAGGGAGAUCGAGGAGCGUCUGGAAAAAGAAGCCAAAACUAGAGUCGAAUGA